AUGCGCGCAGGACAACGCGGUAGAUGUUAUGACCGUAGCGGGAAGGCUGCGGAGGAUCCUGGCAGUUCAUCUGGCCGCCUAGGAAUGUCAUUGGCGCGUGGCGACGAGCAGGAGCAUGGCGACCUUGAAGGGCGUGGUGGUGGAAAGCGCAACAACGCGAAGGCGGCGGCGACGGCCAAGGGCAGUCGCUCGGGCAGGCUCUCGCAGGACGUGGCUGGUAGCGACGAGCAGGAUCAUGGCAACCUUGACGGGCGUGGUGGUGGAAAGCGCAACAACGCGAAGGCGGCGGCGGCGGCCAAGGGCAGUCCCUCGGGCAGGCUCUCGCAGGACGUGGCUGGUGGCGACGAGCAGGAGCAUGGCGACCUUGAAGGGCGUGGUGGUGGAAAGCGCAACAACGCGAAGGCGGCGGCGGCGGCCAAGGGCAGUCCCUCGGGCAGGCUCUCGCAGGACGUGGCUGGUGGCGACGAGCAGGAGCACGGCGACCUUGAAGGGCGUGGUGGUGGAAAGCGCAACAACGCGAAGGCGGCGGCGGCGGCCAAGGGCAGUCCCUCGGGCAGGCUCUCGCAGGACGUGGCUGGUGGCGACGAGCAGGAGCACGGCGACCUUGAAGGGCGUGGUGGUGGAAAGCGCAACAACGCGAAGGCGGCGGCGGCGGCCAAGGGCAGUCCCUCGGGCAGGCUCUCGCAGGACGUGGCUGGUGGCGACGAGCAGGAGCAUGGCGACCUUGAAGGGCGUGGUGGUGGAAAGCGCAACAACGCGAAGGCGGCGGCGGCGGCCAAGGGCAGUCCCUCGGGCAGGCUCUCGCAGGACGUGGCUGGUGGCGACGAGCAUGCGCUGCACAGGCCCGUUAUAGAAGGUUGGCGGUUCCUGGCUACAACUGUCGUUGAGUUUGAGGUUGCAUAG